AAAAAAAUAAGGAGGUUUGUUGUGAUUGCUGCAAAGAGAUCAUUUUAUUAUUUCACUGUGCAUCUCUCUGGUGAUUGCAGGCGAAUACCAAGCACCGGAUUUGUUAUUGUUAAGUUUUUUUGUAUUAUUGUUUGUUGUUAAAUACAAAUUUUGGAAAAAUGGCUGAUUUACCAAGCUCACCUCCUCCGGCUACUCCCAGUGAUGCUGUGGAUAGGCGUGAUUUACGGGCUGCCAUGACAUCUCCCGUGGGUGAUUUCGAGCCUUUCGAAAAUGAAGAUGAAAUUUUGGGUGAUCAAACUGUUCGCGAUGAAGAGGAGGAAGAUGGAGAGGAAUUGUUUGGUGAUAAUAUGGAGAAUGAUUAUCGUCCUAUGCCAGAACUGGACCACUACGAUCCGGCGAUGUUGGACGAUGAGGAGGACUACUCGGAAAUGUCGCAAGGGGAACGUUUGUCUGCCGAAGCAGAGAUGCGAAGACGCGAUCGUGCAAAGGGUAUUCAUCGAGAUGAUCGCGAUCUUGGCUUCGAUCAGAGUGACGAUGAAGAUGAUGUGGGCCCCAGAGCUAAGAGAAGAGCCGGUGAAAAAGCCGCUGCUGGAGAAAUGGAAGAUGCAGAAAUGGUUGAAUCCAUUGAGAAUCUGGAAGACACCAAGGGUCACUCAACCAAAGAAUGGGUCAGUAUGUUGGGUCCACGAACCGAAAUUGCAAAUCGGUUCCAGUCAUUCUUGCGUACCUUUGUUGACGACAGAGGUGCCUACACAUACCGAGAUCGCAUAAGACGCAUGUGUGAACAGAACAAGUCAUCCUUUGUAGUCUCAUAUACAGAUUUGGCCAACAAAGAACACGUAUUGGCUUAUUUUCUGCCUGAAGCUCCAUUUCAAAUGCUGGAAAUAUUUGACAAAGUUGCCAAAGAUAUGGUACUGUCUAUAUUUCCCACUUAUGAGCGUGUUACCACCGAGAUACAUGUUCGUAUUUCGGAGCUUCCCUUGAUUGAAGAGCUGCGUACUUUCCGCAAAUUGCAUUUAAAUCAAUUGGUGCGUACUUUGGGAGUUGUCACAGCGACAACGGGCGUCUUACCACAGCUGUCGGUUAUUAAGUAUGAUUGCGUGAAGUGUGGCUAUGUCUUGGGACCAUUUGUACAAUCUCAGAAUUCUGAGGUGAAGCCGGGCUCCUGCCCAGAAUGUCAGAGUACUGGACCGUUUUCCAUCAACAUGGAACAAACGCUUUACCGCAAUUAUCAAAAAAUCACUUUACAAGAAUCUCCUGGUCGUAUCCCCGCCGGUCGUAUACCCCGCAGCAAAGAUGUCAUACUUCUUGCGGAUCUUUGCGAUCUCUGCAAGCCUGGCGAUGAGCUUGAAGUAACCGGCAUUUAUACAAACAAUUAUGAUGGCUCUCUAAAUACAGACCAAGGUUUUCCAGUUUUUGCCACCGUUAUUAUUGCUAACCACAUUGUUGUCAAAGAUUGCAAACAAGUUGUACAGUCACUCACAGACGAAGACAUUGCAACUAUUCAAAAAUUGAGCAAAGAUCCUCGAAUUGCUGAUCGUAUAAUUGCUUCGAUGGCUCCUUCUAUUUAUGGUCAUGACUACAUUAAAAGAGCAUUGGCUUUGGCCUUAUUCGGGGGAGAGUCCAAGAAUCCCGGCGAUAAGCACAAGAUAAGAGGAGAUAUAAAUUUGCUAAUAUGUGGCGAUCCUGGUACAGCAAAGUCCCAGUUUUUAAAAUAUACCGAAAAAAUUGCUCCUCGUGCUGUAUUUACUACCGGCCAGGGAGCUAGUGCUGUAGGUUUGACAGCUUAUGUACGCCGUAAUCCCGUCUCCAAGGAGUGGACUCUUGAAGCCGGUGCUUUAGUUUUGGCCGAUCAGGGCGUUUGCCUAAUUGAUGAGUUCGAUAAAAUGAAUGAUCAGGAUCGUACAUCCAUUCAUGAGGCCAUGGAACAACAAUCAAUUUCUAUUUCAAAAGCUGGUAUUGUUACUUCACUCCAAGCAAGAUGUACCGUUAUUGCUGCCGCAAAUCCCAUUGGGGGUCGUUACGAUCCUUCGAUGACUUUCUCUGAAAAUGUUAAUUUAUCAGAACCCAUUUUGUCACGUUUCGAUGUGUUGUGUGUGGUAAAGGACGAAUUUGAUCCAAUGCAAGAUCAACAUUUGGCUAAGUUCGUCGUCAAUUCGCACAUUAAACAUCAUCCAUCGAGUGACGCUGACAUCGAAGAUUCGCAAACAAAUUCUGUAAAUGAAAUACCACAGGAACUCUUAAGGCAAUAUAUUGUUUACUCCAAAGAGAAUAUCAGACCCAAAAUAGCGAACAUAGAUGAGGACAAAAUCGCUAAAAUGUACUCUCAAUUGCGUCAGGAAUCGUUUGCCACUGGGUCCUUGCCAAUCACAGUCAGACAUAUUGAGAGCGUCAUUCGCAUGGCCGAAGCACACGCUAGAAUGCAUCUAAGAGAAAGCGUUAUAGAAGCUGAUGUUAGUAUGGCCAUACGUAUGAUGUUGGAAUCAUUCAUCGAGGCACAGAAAUUCAGUGUAAUGAAGAAAAUGCGCGCAACUUUCCAAAAGUAUUUGGCCUUCCAGAAAGACCAUUCCGAAUUGCUCUUCUUUAUAUUGCGUCAGCUUACUUUGGAUCAGUUGGCAUAUAUACGCUGCAAGGAUGGCCCAUCUGCCACCCAUGUUGAGAUAAUGGAGAGAGAUUUAAUCGAGCGUGCAAAGCAGUUGGAUAUAUUUAAUCUAAAACCUUUUUACGAAUCGGAAAUUUUCAAACAAAAUGGAUUUGCAUAUGACGCCAAGAGGCGUAUUAUAUUGCAGAUUGUCCAGGAGGCUGCAGUAUGAAGUUCAACUUUUAUUACGACUUUAGAUUUUUCUUUUUUAGGACAAAGAGGUGUAUACAUUCAUAUAAGUUCAGUUAAGGUUUCAUAAAAAUAUGGCUAUUUGCCUCCUCCCUACCCGCUAUUUUUUACACAAAUCAAUGUUUGUAGGUCCAUAUCCACAUCAAAAACAAAAAUGGGUUCACAAAAUUUAAACAAAUGUGAACGAUAGUUCUUUAUUUCUAUUUUUUACUUACAACUUAAUUUUACAAAUAAAGAAAUUAUUUUAUAAAUAAUCUAACAGUA